UCUCCUGGGAUGUUGGUUGAAAGUUGAAGCUGUUGAGUUGAAUAUAACAAAAAGUGGUGCCUAAGUUCUGAAGUGAUGCCGAGCUAAAACUCUUUUUCUUGAUUCGAAAGAGAGUUUAAUUAACUCAAACAAAGAUAGCCCAGAAAAAAACAGGUUGCAAGCACGGAGAUGACAGUUUCCCGUUUUCUCCAUUCACGGUCCUGCCUUCCCAGGCUCUUCUUUGGAACAACCAUAUCAAGAAAUGGGAGACUACUGUCAACAGGCUUCAACAAGAUAGAUGAACAAUUGAAAACUGAUGAAGCUGGGACAUUUGAUACCAAACGACCACCAACAGGGAAGCUACUUGUCCUGGGUGGCAAUGGGUUUGUUGGUUCACAUAUAUGUAGAGAAGCUCUAGAGCAAGGUUUAACUGUAUCUAGCCUUAGCAGGUCUGGAAGGCCAUCUUUGCAUGAUUCCUGGCUUAAUGAUGUUCUCUGGCAUAAAGGAGAUUUGCUUUCACCUGGUUCACUGAAGCAAGCCAUGAGUGAAGCUACUUCUGUGAUCUCAUGUGUUGGUGCAUUUGGCUCAAAUCCAUAUAUGUAUAGAAUCAAUGGAACAGCAAACGUAAAUGCUAUUAGAGCUGCUGUGGAACAAAGAGUAAAGAGAUUUGUCUACGUAUCUGCUGCUGACUUUGGUUUGUUGUAUUAUUUACUACGAGGAUAUUAUGAAGGGAAGAGAGUGACUGAAGCUGAGUUAACUGAUAAAUUUCCUAAUGGAGGCAUAAUUUUGAGGCCUGGUUUUAUACAUGGGACACGCCAAGUUGGGAACAUGAAAUUUCCUCUCAGUGCCAUUGGAGCUCCACUGCAGAUGGUACUACAACAUGCAAAGUUUCUAACUCGAAUACCACUUAUCGGUCCACUGUUUAUACCUCCGGUCAAGGUGACGUCAGUGGCAAAGGUUGCUGUUAGAGCUGCAAUAGACCCACUAUUUCCUUCUGGUAUUGUUGAUGUAUAUGGAAUACUACAACACAGCCAACAAAAGUCGGCUUAGACUUGUUAGGCAUUUCUCCUCCUAUUUUUUUUUUCCAAUCAUAAAAUACACCUCAAUCUAGUUUACCUUGUCUAAGUUUGAACCAACAGCAUUAUAUCUCCAUGCUUGCAGUGUAAAGCUAGUUUCCCUUCUAUGCUAUGAUUAUUUUGUUGUUGACAUUUGCAUUACCUAAAGCAAUUAAAUAACUAGUGAUAUUAUUUU